UUCAUCGACAUUCAGCAUGAGUCUGAAACACCGCAAAGACAUUUCAUUCAGUGUAACAGUUUACUUUUUAAAGGUAGUUGGCUUCUGGAUGUCAUCAACUCGCGGCGAGGAAUUAUUCAGAAACGCGAUGAUGGCGUCCACGCUAAUCGGGCACAUUGUCUUAGCAUGGAUUCAGUACAGAAACUUGUAUUUCCUGUGGGGAGAUAUCAGCCUCUUUGGUAGCACCCUCUGCAGUCUUACGGGUCUGCUCUUGGAUCUGUUUAAAUUGUCGGUCCUAUACGUACAUAAAGAAAAGUUCUUCAGCUUGAUUGUGUACAUGAGAAAAAAUUUCUGGCACCUCGAGUACGACAAAUACGAAAACCUGAUACUAAUGAACGCGAGACAAAUAUCAGUUUACUUCGUCUGCGUCUUCUCGUUUUUCUCGCAAUCUACAACAUUUUCCUACAUGAUUAGUCCACUUAUGUCAAAUAUUGGUAAAAAUGAAUCAGAACGAGCACUUAUAUUUAAUAUGUGGCUCGAUCUGCCGCUGUCCAUGUCACCAUAUUACGAAAUAGUAUACGUAAUACAGAGUCUGAUUUUGUAUCAGUUGGGUGUCAGUUACCUAAGCAUUGACAAUAUGUUUUGCAUCUUCUGCCUUCACGUGGCUAGUCAGUUUCGUAUAUUGCAAUACAGAGUGUCCGAAAUGCCAGGUUUAAAAAUGACACAGGACGGGGAUCCAACCGCGAUUACUUCGCGCCGAUGUUACAUAGCACUUAAGUGUUGCAUCCAACAACAUCAAGCUCUCAUCCAGUUCUGCAGCACGCUGGAAGAGAUCUUUGGAAUCAUUAUACUUGGACAAGUGAUUGUGUUCAGCGCAUUAAUCUCAUUUCUCGGGUAUCAGGUGAUUCUGGUGGAUAUGGAUCCCGCAUGGCGUAUGUCCUUUGUAAGCUAUUUACUGACGACUUUGUGCCAGCUGUGGAUAUUCACGUACAGUUGCGACUGCGUGACGCGUGAAAGUUCGAACGUUGCCACGGCCAUUUACGCAGCACCCUGGAUACACUUGUCAAUGGACGAGUUUGGAAGAACGGUUCGAAAAGAUUUACUGUUCAUGAUGAUGAGAACCAGUCAACCCUGCAGUCUGACCGCCGGCGGGUUCUUACCUAUAUCCCUCGAAACCUACACCAAGAUUAUGAGUACCGCGAUGUCGUAUUUCACUAUAAUGAAACAGCGCACCGUGGAUGUAGAAGAUACAUCUCGCCGUUCUUAUAAAUUUCGUAUCUAUAGGAGUAUAUGUUCGAAAUUCAGUAUGAACUUGAAACAUCGUGGCAAGCUUUAUUUCAGCGUAGCUAUCUUUUUCUUGCAGUCCGCCGGCUAUUGGUCGACCACUACCCGCGUCGAGGAAUGGAUAAAAAAUGUCAUGAUUCUGUUUUCCACAUUGUCGCUUACGUUCCUCAUGUUCGUUCAAACAAGAUGUCUCUAUUUCUACUGGGGAGAUCUCGCUAUGAUCACUUACAUUGUGGUCAAUAUCUUGGUACUCGUUAUCGACGCAUUCAAGAUGAUUAUAUUAUUUGUACAUAAGAAGAAAUUCUUCAAAUUAAUCGCGCACAUGAAAGAACAUUUCUGGCACGAAAAUUACAAUCAGCAGGAGAGCGUGAUCGUGGAGGAUACAGAACGAUUAUGCAAAUACUUCGUGUACAUCUUUACAUUCUUUUGCCAAUCUACAGUAUUUUGCUACUGCCUCAGGACAAUUGUGGGAAAUAUCGGAAGGAACGAAUCGGAGAGAGAACUUAUAUUUAACAUGUGGCUGGACCUGCCGUUGUCUAUGACACCGUACUUUGAAAUUACAUUCACGAUACAAGCCGUGGCUCUGUACCAGAUUGGCAUGCUUUACUUCUGCUUCGACAACGUAUUCUGUAUAAUGUGUCUGCACGUGGCCGGACAGUUUCGCGUGUUACAGUACAGAAUGUCCAACAUGCCGAUGGUAAAAGGCAUGAAAAAUCUCAAUGGCAAUUCCACAGCAGAGUUAUCCAAGCAAUGUCACGUCUCACUUAUAAAUUAUAUCGAGGAACACAAGGCCCUCAUUGAAUUCUGUGCCACGCUCGAAGGAAUAUUCCGAAUUAUUAUACUAGGACAAGUUUCCCUGUUUAGCUUACUAAUUUGUAUUCUUGGGUAUCAAAUAGCUCUGGUGGAUUUGCCUCUCAUCUGGAACUUUACUUUCGCGAUGUUCUUAUCCGCGGGCAUGAUUCAGCUGUGGAUGUUCACGUACAGUUGUGACUGCGUAACCCAGGAGAGCUUGAACGUUGCCGCGGCUGUGUACGCGGGACCGUGGAUUCAUUUAUCAAUGGACAAGUUUGGAGCGAUGAUACGAAAGAAUUUGGAAUUCGUAAUCAUGAGAUCGGGACGACCCAGUUCACUCACAGCUCUUGGCUUCUUUCCCAUAUCCCUCCAAACAUACACUAAGAUUAUGAGCACUGCGAUGUCGUAUUUCACACUGUUAAAACAGAGUAGCGUGGACACAACGAAGACGUAAAGUUCCUAACUUUAUA